AUGACAUAAAAGUUACUGAUUUCUUUUAAACACACUGUAUAUUGAUUUUCCUUGAUAAGUCGCGCUUGCUUUUUUAACUGUAAAUUUAGUGUUCUGUUUCUUUAAAAAUAAGUGAGUUCCUUUAAAAUCAGUGAAAAUAACUAAGUGUAUCUACAAAAUGGGAACGAUUUAUUUAGUUCUGUCUCUAUGUGUUUUGCAAGUGCAUUCGAUGGCGCUCAAGGGACCAGUUUUAACAAGAUACCAGCCGUGUGGACUUGGUGUGAUCUAUUUUGACAAAAUAACGGAUAUGCUGUGGCGUGCGGAAAUAAAUCUUGAGUUAUAUCAAAACCUUGGGGAGGUUGAGAUUAUAAUCGUUUAUGAAAAAGAGAUGGCGCUUUUUGGGGUAUCUCACAACAGCACAGUUUUUAUUAACAAUGAUUCGCACAAUUUCACAUUUAUACCAAACGAAGGCGUUCCUGACAAAUACCACAUCUAUACUUCGAUAAAAGAAAACACUACAGCUUCAGUGCCAAUAGUGAAAAGUUUCACGUUAAAUAGGAUAGUGAUGUGUAAUGAUUUCCUUAAGGCAGCGGAUACAAUAAGCUCUUUAGAUGCAACCCAACCUGAUGAUACAGAAUACCGGCAUACCUGUGGAAGACGAUCACUAAGUCACACAGAAUUAAACUACGUACGAACAGAAUCCGUCCAGGCCGGAGAUUGGCCGUGGCAUGUGGCCAUACUAAUUAAAAAGCCUUUCACAGACCUUGCCAACUAUCAUUGCGGAGGAAACGUAAUAUCUACGAUGGCGAUUCUUACCGCUGGGCAUUGUGUGCUCUUAACAAACGGCAAAUUAAGAGAAGCGACCAGCAUAGUAAUUGAAGCCGGAGUAACGAAUCUUAGAGAUGUAGAUCAAAUUGGAAGACAAACACGUUUUGCGGAAAGAAUAAUUCUGCAUCCCGGGUACAGCGAGGACCAAGCUACUUCAGACCUCGCUAUUGUGGUAGUAAAUAAACUACGGUAUACUGAAUACGUCCAACCCAUUUGUGUAUGGGGUCCGGUGUACGACAAAACUGAGCUUUUUGGCAAGCAGGCUGUGAUUACAGGAUUUGGAACUACGGAACAAAAUCUGCAAUCUGAUACUCUCAGGUCAACCAAUACGAUGGUCCAGAAUGACACCAUUUGCAACGCAUUUGCUCCCGACUUAUAUCCUAAACUCCUAAAUGAAUUUACUUUCUGCGCUGGUUUUGGACCCAAUGCUGGUAUAAAUCCCCGAAAUGGAGAUAGUGGUGGCGGUCUAUUCAUACCCACGAAGCAAGCAGACCACAAAGUGAGCUGGUUCCUCCGAGGAAUCCUGUCCAAGUGCGGCCACCGAACUGUUGACAAGUUUUGUGACCCCAAGUACUAUGUCAUUUACACAGACGUCGGCCCUCACUAUGGUUGGAUAUACCAUAACGCUGGUUUAAUUUUUUCUAGCAAUAUUAUGUCGUGAUGUAUUCUAAUUAAAACUAAAAUACAUACUUAUUAUAAUUGCGAAAGAGUGUCUGUCUGACGAUUACUUUUCUCGCCUCGACUACUGAUUAUAAUCGAUCUUGAUGAAGGUGUUGAAACUUGGAUGAAUCCAAAUACUGAUUCCAAGCGAAGUAUUAGGCAUCAAUAAACUACCUAAUAAGACUGAGAAGUAAACAAUAUUUUAUCUCAAAUUGUACACGAAUCCUGUAAGUUCUUUAAUAGUUAUAAUA